AGUUGUAGCAAAAUUAUCAAACGACACCAGAACGCCAAGACUUGAAUUCCGCGGCUGCAUGUGACGUCGUUUCAAUAACGAUUCACUUAUUUGUCGUCAGUAUGAGUCAUAUUACGCAUCGACGUUCUGCAUCAUGAGCUAGACGGCUGUUUUACUGUCAGUACGCGAAAUACCUUGUCUUCCUCCUCACUUGCAUCAGUUUUCCAGUAAGAAACAUCGUUGCUGCAACUGUUCUCCCCAUCGACGAAGGUGUGGAAAAUACAUCACACACGAUGAAUAAAUAUCGUUUACCGGAAAGCGUGGUGCCAACACACUAUGACAUCAAAUUAAUAUUGCACAUCGACGAUGGUAACUCCAGCUUUAACGGUGAAUCCAGUGUCACCAUUCAGGUCCGUCAGCCGACAAAAAAUUUAUAUUUACAUGCGAUGNAUUUGACAAUCGAUGAAGCUGCGACAAAAGUUGUCAAUAGCAAUGGAGAUAGUUACGUGCCCACAACUCAUACUCACGACGAUGUAACAGAAAUUUUAAACAUUGAAUUCGAUAAUGAUCUAUCACCUGAGGAAUAUAUUCUACAUUUAAACUUUGCCGGUAGUUUUGAAAGAAAAAAUGAGCAGUUGGCCGCNACGCAUUUUAAACCUACAUCGGCACGACGCAUGUUUCCAUGCUGGGACGAACCGGCNUUAAAGGCCACCUUCAAUAUUUCUAUCAAACACAAUCGGAAUAACACAGCUCUGUCGAAUAUGCCGAUACGAGAGCAAACGGAUGACGACGACGACACGGUAUGGACACACUUUGAAACGACCCCGAUCAUGUCCACGUAUCUGGUUGGGUUCGUUGUGCUGUCCAAUUUCACUCAUACUUCCAACGAAGACGGAACCAUUAAUACGUGGUGGAAUUCCGAUGAUCCAAGAUUGCAGGCAAAAUAUGAGCAGGAUAUCGCCGUAACGUUCGCACGGCUAUUGACAGAAUACACCAACAUCACCGUUAAGGUCCCGAUAAUCGAUCAAGUCGUGAUGUCGAAUCCUUGCGUAGACGUAACAGAGAACUGGGGUCUUAUUCUCUACAACGGUAUUAUACCUGAAGAGUCAGCGUCGAUAUAUUACACGUAUGAGUCAAUGGAAGUAGCAGCAAGGACAAUANCACAUCAAUGGUUCGGUACUAUAGUCAGUCCGUCAUGGUGGUCUCACGUGUGGUUGACCGAAGGAUUAGCAGCAUAUUUCGCGGAUUAUGUUAUCGAUAAGGGGCUUGAAGAGUGGAAGAGGACAGAUCUUUUUGUGAUUGAUUCUCACUACACUAUUUUUUCGCAGAAUAUCCGGAAUUUGAAACCUCUUACAGAAGAGGUUAAUACUUCUGAAGAAAUUACCAAUCUCCUCAACAAUCUCGAUCGUUACAAGGCACGUUCUGUACUGCGUAUGUUGCAACACAUUCUUACCGAUGACGUAUUCCGAAUGGGUAUUAUUAAAUUUUUAAAUGCACAUCAAUUCGGCUCAGCUACAUCCGACGACUUCUGGAACGCUACGCAAGAGGCCUUAGAUGAUUCGGAUGUUCCACACGACGAUUACAAUGUGAAAGAAGUGAUGGAUGCGUACAUAAGACAAGAUCGUUAUCCUGUGGUACAUGUGACUCGAAAUUAUGAAAACGGCGAUGUCAUUUUGACGCAAAAGCGCUUCCGUUCGCAAAACGAAACUGACUCCGUCGACGACAAGAAAUGGUGGAUACCUAUCACUUUUGCUACGCGAUCGAAUCCCGAUUUUUCCAACACUGUGCCAAAAUAUUGGUUAAAACCACAAGAUGAAAAUCUAGUCAUAAAGGGAAUUGAAUUAGAUGACUGGAUCAUAAUCAACUUGCAAAAAACAGGAUAUUAUCGUGUUAAAUAUGACUUUCCCAGUUGGUACAAGAUUGCAGAAUAUUUAAACUCAGAUGAUUAUGAAAAGAUACACGUGCUUAAUCGUGCUCAGAUUCUUGAUGAUUUCUUUCAUCUGAUGGUUUAUCCAUCGGAUCUUAUUAAUUUUAAAGAGCUUGCAAAUUACUUACAAAGGGAAACAAAUUUUAUAGCGUGGAUGCCGAUAAUUGAAUUUGUGAAAAACGAAGAAGACUUUAACAAUUUCCCAGACACUCAUUCGGUAAAGAUACACCUAGUGAAACUUAUGGAUACACUUGUUAAACACGUAGGAUCCGAAGACGAUCCAGCGGACAAUGUCUUUCAGAGGAUAACAAGACUUUUAACUAUGAUAUCGGCAUCUGAAUUCGGUAACGUUGAAUGCGAAAAAAUAUUUCGUAACAUCUCUAUGAAAAUAGAGGAUGAAGAAGAAGAAUUUGAGUUGGACGAGCUUCCGCGAAACACGUUCAUCUGGGUAUUUGCUGCUAUGUGGGCUCCAUGCGAAAGAAAAAUUUAUAAGACGCAUAAAUGUGAAUGUUGCGACUCAGAGAGCACAGUUUUAAAAAAAACUGAACAAAACAGUUGGCACAAUUCUAAUAGUUCGAUUAAUAUAUUAAGUAGAUCAGUAGUAGAUUAUAUAUUACCAGAUAGCGAGUACAGAACGAUUUACGAUACUAUUGUUCAAAAGCAUGCGGACGAUGAUUCAGUACUGGAUUAUUUAUUGGAAGAUAUAAGUAAAACAACGUUCAGAGGAUAUACAACAGAGCAGAUACUUGAAAAAAUUAUCAACAAUGUACAUUCUACUGAACGACUGGAAAAGAUAAGCAACUUCGUGAAAGAUAACUUUGACAACCAAACAUUAACAUGGGCUACAACUGCGAUAGAGAAGCGUAAAGCUGAACUGUAAAACAAUGAAAGAGAAAGAAUUAUAAAAUUCAAAGAAUCUGCAAGUAGCAACGAGCAUGUGACGUGCAUAUGCUUUUAGUUGUGUGUACUGUUAGUAACCAUAAUUUGUAUAGAUGCUUGUAAAUUUAAUUAAGAGAAAAAUAUUCGCAUAUUUACGACAAUAAGCUAUGUGAUAUUUUAAUGCAGUUUUUUACGCAAUUUUAUGUUUCUAAGAUUACAAGUGUACUUUGCGCAAUGCUUCAGUGCCUUUNAAAGAUAUAAUGAAAGUAUAUAAAUUUGCAUAUAAUAAAUUAUACAUGUAUAUGUGUUUAUAAUGCUUCUCUGCGUAUGAAGUUUACUGAUACAGACCGUAGUUGAAGAAGCACUCUUGCUGUUAUUCAAACUUAUAUUGUGCAUACGUAAUUGUUUCAAAUAAAUAUAACAUCAAUAAUAAUGUAACA